UAUCUAGGCCCCUCUCUACCUCACAAGAAGCCAAACACAAGGAUUCAAUUCCAAGUACCAUCCAUACCAACACAUCUCCCAUUUUCCACUUCUCUCUCUUUCUCUAGUCUUUUUGCAUAAACUCUUCACUCUUAUCCUAAAACGCACAAUCACCACCAAACUAAACCCUCCCCUCAACUAUAAGUACCCACCACAAUUAUUUCACUUUCCAAACACACACUUCCCCUCUUUCUCUCCCAAACACAACCAUCACCAUCACAUGACUCGCGCCCUCAGACUCCUCCAAUCCGCCGCCGCGACACCGCCGGACUCCGCCGUCGCCGCCGAGUCCGACUUCGUCGUCAUCCUCGCCGCCCUCCUCUGCGCCCUCGUCUGCGUCGUCGGCCUCAUCGCCAUCGCGCGCUGCGCCUGGCUCCGCCGGGGACCCGCUGCCCGCGCCGGCGCCGCUUCCACGGCGACGGCGCAGGCCAACAAGGGCCUCAAAAAGAAGGUAGUGAACUCGCUGCCGAAAUUCACCUACGGCGGCGACGGCGCCGGCGAUCGGUGCAAGUGGUCGGAGUGUGCGAUUUGCCUGACGGAGUUCGCCGGCGGCGACGAGGUGCGCGUGCUGCCGCAGUGCGGGCACGCGUUCCACGUGGCGUGCGUGGACACGUGGCUGGCGUCGCACUCCUCGUGCCCGUCGUGCCGCGCGCCCUUCGCCGUCGCAAGAUGCCAGAAGUGCGGCCACUUCCCGGCGGUUGCCGCUGCGGAACUGGAGUCGAAG